AUGGCGGCUUCCUUUCCCGCAAAUACAACCUCAUAUCCUUCCUCUUCCUCCGAAGAUUCUGAAGAAGACCGUCCCAAAAACCCACCUGUCGUUGGAAACAAGGCGUGCCCCCCAGAACCUUCGCCAAACCCUUCGUCCGCCUUCGCCGAGUCCGGAACACAGAGGGCAAAGAAACAAAAAAAGAAGAGAGCUUUUACAUCGAAAUCCAGACCUGGAGCCAGGAGCUCUACCGAUAGUUUCAGCUCGUCGGAGGUCGGGUCUCCGGUCGAUGACGCUGGACAGCCAAGGUUGGAACACGAUUCAGAAUCUGAAGACUUGGAAAUGAGCGACUAUCCACAUACCGGCGAUGAGGGUGAAUCAUGGGCUCCGAGCCCGGAUAGACGUAAAAGGGGUAAACGUAGAAGACGGGGCGGAUUGAACUUACGUGGUGGUGAGGGGAGUGUCGGUUUGGGUGAUAGGUUGGUUAUGGCAGAUGGGGAACGGCCAGUGAUAAGUGACGAAGAGAAGAAGCUUGCAGAUGGGAAGAUUAUUAAAGAUAUGAGUAUCAACGCGUUGUUUAUUGGUCUUUGGUAG